GUUGUGGAGCUAAAUGUCGGGGGUCAGUUCUACACCACCACCAUGGGCACCCUGAUGAAGCAUCCAGGUUCCAAGUUUUCACAGAUAUUAUACCGAUCCGAGAAAUACUACAGGGAUGCACAGGGCCGCGUCUUCAUUGAUCGUCCUGGCACCUACUUUGGGCCUAUCUUGGACUACCUACGCACUGGGAAAGUGCCCACAGAGUACAUUCCUGAGGUAUACCAUGAGGCUAAGUUCUACCAAAUCCAUCUUUUGGUCAAAAUUUUGGAGGACAUGCCACAGAUCUUUGGUGAACAAGUGGCUCGAAUGCAGUUCCUGCUGGGAGUGCCAAACUACAAAGAGAACCUGGAGGUCCUGCUGCACCUGGCUCGGGCAGAGGCCGUGGCAAUGCGAUUGUCAAAGGUGGUGGUGUGUGUGGUGCAUACAGAGGAGGAAGAUGCAAAGUGUGUGGAACCAUUGCAUAUCUUGGAGGCCAAAAAGACACCUGUUGUCAAAUUUGGGCCCUGGAAGGCAGGCCCCGGGAACGAGGACCUUGUGUACUGCCUGGAGAAGGACAUUAGAGCCCAGGGGUAUAAGGUGUCCCCUCAGAGGUACCACCUGAAUAGGGACCCCUACACAUGCUUCUGGAUAUUCGUCUUCACUUGGUGGUGAUCCCCAGGAAUGGGGACUGUUUGUUAGGGGCUGUGGUUGUGAUGAAAAAAAUAAAAAGACCCUAACUUAGCAAGGGACCACUGACCCUAGGCCACGUGACAGGAGGCCACAAGCAGUUCCCACAAGAAAAAGGGAAUUUAAGCACAUCACCAACUGUAUCAACAAAUGGCCCCCACCCCAUUGUCUUUAAGAAAACUGGGAACUAGAUGGCCUCUUGACCUGCUGGGUCUUAAAUCUCCCUGAGCACAGGAUGUGGUAAUCAACCCCACCUGAACAGUUGUAGCUUCUUUGCUCAAUACCCUUUGUCUUGUGACAACCUUGUAUGGAAACUUCAUAACUUUGUGCGGUAAGAAAUCUCUGUAACCAUGGAAACCUCAUUACAUGAGAUCAGAGAUCUCAUGACUCCCCAUUUUCCCCUUUAAAAGCUUCUCUUUUUGGCUGGUUGGCAUUUUAUUUCCCCCACCAUGGAGUGGGAUCCAAACUGGCCAGCUUGAACAAUAAAAAACAAAACAAAACAAAACAAAA